ACAACAAUAGUGUGAUCUUCUGGAUGCACGGAGCACCAGCAGCAGUCCGGUGCAUGCCGUUGCGGCACUGCUGCUGUCCUCCAGUAGAUUUAAAGAGUGCGCCCUGGCCCACAAUGGAGGGCCGGCCUGCGAGUGGGAGGAUCAGCUCGGCGCCUGCGAUCCUUCUGGCUUUGUUACGCCUGGGAAGCCAUUUUGGAAAUCUGCUUGUUGUGCACUAGCAUAACAGUCAGAAGCUACUUGCAAACUUUUGUGAUUUUCUGCUGGAAAAAAUCGCGUCACGGAUCUGUGGGUCCGCAGUAAUACUUAACCUCUAAGUUCCCAUGCGCAGGGAUGCUAGCAGAAGUUCGCGCAUCUUUCCUGACAGUAAUGUUUGGAUAUUUUCCCUUUGGAUUGCGCUCUAUAGAAUAAUAACAUCCAUGGACUACAACCACGCGGUCUAAACAAAGAAGAAUGAACAUGGAUUUUUCUCAACUGCACACAUACACACCGCCACAGUGUGCUCCGGAGAACACCGGCUAUACCUACUCUCUCAGCUCCAGCUACUCCACCAGAGCGUUAGAGUUUGAGAAGGAGCACCAGAUUGCUGCCGUGUACGAGUCGCCCAGGAUGUCACGGCGGAGCCUGCGUCUGCAGAACAGCACCGGUCACUAUGACAACGGGAGCCUGGCUGAUUUCUCUCAGAACCACAGUAGUAGCAGCUACACCAGCAGCAGGAAAGAGACACGAACCGUACGGAGCAAAAAGCAGCAGUCCAGUUCCGGCUCCCUCUCCUUGUCCCUGAGUCAAGCCGUCACACCGCGGAAAACCCUCUCCUUCUCAGCCAUCAGCACCCCCAUCAACAGCAGCAGCAGCAUUCAGGAGAGCAACCAAGAGUCUGAUGCCUCACUGCUCACCCCCAUCCUUGAUCAGCCCCAUCUGAGACAACGCAUCAUCACCACAACUUCAACCACCACCUCCUCUUCUGUGGAUGGACACUGGGGGAGGAACCAUGGUACCGACCACAGUUCGUCAAGUAUCAACGGCGGCGCCAGCGCUAGCACGUCAAAGUCCCACACCUCCCUCGCCAAUGGUUACAUCUGCAAAGACUGCUCUUUUCACUCCCAGAAGGAUUCUCCUAUCACACAGUCUUCAUCAUCAGCAUUAUCAUCAUCUCAGGCUGCCGUAGCUUCCUCAGACGCUUUCUCCUCCUCCUCCUCCUCCUCCUCCUCUUCACCUUUCACAAGUAUAUACUCCAGAGACAGGAGUCGACGGAAUAAGACAGGUUUGCUGGUGUCUAUGUCUAACACGUGUAUGCGCUACAGCAAACGAGCCUUGGCGCCCAUAGUGUCCUUAGUCACCCUGCUCUUCAACAAUGUGCUCUGGCUGGGUUCAAAGGCCAGAAACCCUCCAGGAAAAGGUGUCUUUACGUCGUUUUCUGACUUCAUGAGACGAGCAGGGUCCUCCAGUUUGUCCCAGCUGUGGCUGUUAAAGCAGAAAACUCUUCACAGGCUGACGGGCUACAGGUCUGAAGGCUUUGAAGGACAAGCUCAUUCCAGUUUCUGCGGAAGCAUGAACGUGAAGGGCCUGAUGACUGAAGAUGCAUCACAUCUAAAACUCAAUGGAUCCCUAUGUGAUGACUGUAAAGGGAAGCAGCAUUGUGAGACACAAACCGUCCUUCUUAAAAAGUCCUCCAGGCCUCGGCGCCUGGCAGGGGCACUGUGGAGCAUCCUAGCUUAUGCAGGUUACUGCCUCCUCCAGCCGGGUUACUGUGUGGUGAGAGCAGGCAAGGCGUUGGGAUCAGGGGCUGGGACAGUGCUGCAGAGGCUGCUCUCUCUGUUCUGGACGCUUCUGGCAGCUCCAGUGAAAGCAGGCAGGGGACUUCUGUGGUUCCUUGCUAGAGGAUGGUACCAGCUGGCGUCUCUCAUGUCUCUCCUCAAUGUCUUCUUUCUGACACGAUGCCUCCCUAAGCUCUGGAAGCUCCUUCUGCUCCUGUUACCCCUUUUGCUCCUCCUCGCUUUUUGGUUUUGGGGUCCGUCAACUGCUGCCCUGCUUGCCUACCUGCCGACCAAAAACCUUACCGAGUGGCGUCCUGCCUCUCCCCUCACCCUCCUGUCCAACCUGUGGCCAGCUUCUGCUCCAGUUCCCUACUCUGUCCCUGUCCCUGCACAAGAGACUCCAUUUGUGCAAACCCCAGCCACCCCGGUCUCAUACGCACCACCUAUCCUCCCCCCUGUGGCCGUCUCUAGUGUUGACUUGGAGCGACUGGAACGCGUGGAGCAGCAACUAGCUCUGCUGUGGGAAAGAGUCAAGCAGGGCGACCAAAACCAGGAGAAGCGUCAUGGGGACAUUCUGGGUCUCUACAGCACCCUGAGGGAACAGCUCCACACUCAGACCGACAGAGAGAGCCUGGGACUGUGGGUGUCCUCCCUGCUGGAGCAAAGACUGGGCGUGUUACGUGCAGAGCUGGAGCAGGAGAGCACAAACAGGGCACAGAGUGAAGAGCAGCAGAAACUGCACCAAGAGGGUCACGCAUUACGGCUGGCUGAUUUGGAACUGCUGCUCAAGACUCUGGCCGCCAAAACCGAGGAGGUGCAGCAGAAGCAGCAGCAUUACGAGCAUGAGAAAAAGCAACACCAGGAGAGAGAGAUUCCCACCCCUGCAGCAGAUCUGGACCCUUUCAGUGUUGGUGUGAAGCAGGAGGACCAUGAUGCUUUGCUAGUGGAGGUGCAGAGACUUGAGGUGGAGCUGGGCAAAAUCAGACAGGACCUGCAGGGUGUUCUGGGAUGUAAGGGCAAGUGUGAUCAGCUGGAUACACUGCAGGACACGAUAUCAGCCCAGGUGUCCUCUCAGGUGUCCUCCCAAGUGCGUAAAGAGUUGCAGGCUCUGUUCUAUGGAAGUGGUGGGUCAGGAGAGAAGCAAGGAGAGUUGCCUGAGUCACUGAUCCUUUGGCUGUCUCAGCGCUAUGUAAACACACCCGACCUGCAGGCCUCACUGGCGUCUAUGGAGAUGAGCAUCCUGAGAAAUGUGUCCCUGCAGCUUGAGCAGAACCGGGCCCAAACACUUGGUGAAGCUGAGUCCCAAGCCAAAAGCAUUGUUCAGACAGUAACAGGGAGCGUCAAGCACACUGUUUCUUCUGAGGGAAUGUCAGAGGAGCAUGUGAAGGUGAUCGUCCAAAACGCUUUGAGACUCUACUCCCAGGAUCGAACAGGCCUGGUGGACUACGCGCUGGAGUCUGGAGGUGGAAGCAUCCUCAGCACUCGCUGCUCAGAGACUUAUGAGACCAAAACAGCCCUCAUGAGUCUGUUCGGCCUGCCCCUCUGGUACUUCUCCCAGUCUCCACGUGUUGUCAUCCAGCCUGACGUGUACCCUGGUAACUGCUGGGCAUUUAAGGGCUCUCAGGGCUACCUGGUAAUCCGGUUGUCUCUGAGGAUCUUGCCCACAUCCUUUUGCGUGGAGCACAUCCCCAAGGCCUUGUCCCCGACUGGAAACAUCACCAGCGCACCACAAAACUUCACAGUUUAUGGUUUGGAUGACGAGUACCAGGAGGAGGGGAAGCUGCUGGGGCAGUACAUUUACCAGGAGGACGGGGAGUCACUGCAAACGUUUCCUGUCAUGGAGCAGAAUGACAAGAGCUUCCAGAUCAUUGAGGUGCGGGUGCUGUCAAACUGGGGUCACCCAGAAUACACCUGCAUGUACCGCUUCAGAGUCCACGGAGAACCUCGGCCUCAGUGAACCGAUCAACACCACAUGCACGCUCAUAUUUGACAUAUCACCCUAUUUGUACAUAGCUCGUGCCCACUUCUUAAAAAAGGAGGGGACUCAGAAGAAGAUGAUGGACUUUGUGUGGAAGACAAGAGGACAUAGAAGUUUUGGACUGUUAAAGGGAUGUGCACAGACUGCAUCAUAAACAAGUGUUUAGUAAUGUUGAAAGAAUCACAGGAAAGGCUGUAUGGGAAGUGUUGAUGAACACUGAAGAAUGGAACCACAGAUGAAAGUAAAGCUCUCAGUCCACUUUAUUGAAAAGGUCUCUUGCACUGAAUAAGCCCGAGAACAGACAUAUCCAUCCUCCUCCUUGGCACCUUCUUCUACAGGGGGAUGGAUGGUUGAAAUGGGAGGAAUAAAGGACUCCUCUCCUCCAUUUCCUCACGCACUGCAUCUCAGUUUGAUUAUUUUUCCUUCUCAUCUAUUAUUUUCUGUUGGUGUGAUUUUUUUUUUUUUUUUUUUUUUUUUUUUUCAGGAUCAAAGCCACUACACCUUUGCAUGUCACUCCCUUUGUGUCUUUGUUGCUGUCAAGUCUCUGCAUUGACUUUAAGCUGUUUGGGCAGCCUGCAGGACUGACACACACUAAACCGGACACGAAAGGCUCCCUUCAUUCGAGGCUUGGAAUCAUGCAUCCUCGCAGUCAUAACUAUAAUUUUCUCUGUUGGAACUGAACGUGCUGCCUAUGGAGAGGCUUCAAAUGUUCUCUCAAGUAGAAGCUUGAUGCAAGUCAUCCUUAGAAAUCACAACGACACUAUGUAACCACUGACCUGAGCUAUAUGUGUUCAGAGGAUAAGAAGCUCCCCCUUUGUACAAAAUCUGCAUAUGGUUAUGGCUGCACUCCUGGAUUCAACCUAGCAUGUGACUCUUCUCCAACCAGAACUUGCAUCAUGUAUUUACAUUAGAGUGUGCCCACUCUGACGGUUUGGAGUACUGUGCCUGGGUCUCAAAUCAAGAAUCAGUUUUUGAAGAUAAAUGAUAUAAGUGCUUCAGUAGACAAGUAGGUUUUUUUCUUUUGUGUCUAUGAAGAGAAAGAUAUCUCUGUCUCCCUCUGGCUCAGUUGAAACGUCCUCCUCACAUGGGCUCCCUUUAUUCUGAAAGCGUGAAGGAAUGUAAUCUGUAUAUUUCAUCGUUGAUAGUCGGCCCUUUAUAAUAUCUGCUUUUAUCAGUGUUGCUUUAUAAAAAAUUAUCCUUUUAUUGUAUUACCACCAUUGUUUUUACCGUUACUCAUCGUGUUGUUUUGCUUUUUUUCUUUUGAUUCGGGGGGUUGUUAAUGUAAGAGGAUGCACUGCAACAACUUGUUAGAGAAAUGCUUGUGGCACAGGUCUUCACAAUUUGUUAAAAAAAUGAGGGGUGUCUAAAAUGGGGACGUCUAAAAAGUUAUGUAUAAAAUGUUUUGUUCACAAUCUUAUUUAUUAACAGGUUAAUUAGUGACAGCAAGUUGUGAGUUACUGCGAUGUAUAUUUUGUCAAAAGCUGUUUCAGUGCAUUUUGAAACCAUCUUGGGACUUUUUUUAAGAUAAAAUGCUAUUUUUGUUCAGUCAUGAGAUGACUUAAUGCUUUGGAUUAUAUUCCAAUAAAGACUUUAAUUUUGAAGAAC